CCGGGCCUCGCUGAGCGGUUUGAGAGGACGCGCACGGUGUCGGCUCUCUCCGCGCCUACCUCGAUGCUCUGCCCCAGGCUCCGUCCCGUAACGGACGGGAUGCAGCCGGCGUGGUGAGGAGCAGGCUGGGCCGGAGAUGCCACUUGUAGGGCUACAAUGGCUCACAGGGGAAAACGCAGCCCUCUCCUGAAACGCCUGAGAGAGCUUGUGCUUUCUGUGAUUUUGAUACUUUGCAACCAGUCUUUUGUGACUCUAGCCACAAAUGACUCCUAUGUGAAAGGAGCGCUGGUACUUGGUUCAUCCUUGCAACAGUACAGAACAACAAGGAAGCUGACUGCACUCAUAACUCCUCAGGUCUCAGAUCUUAUGAGGAGAGUGCUGGAAAAAGUCUUUGAUGAAGUCGUAUUGGUAAAUGUCUUGGAUAGUGGGGAUUCAGCACACUUGGCGUUAAUGAAAAGACCUGAGCUGGGUGUCACACUAACAAAACUUCACUGCUGGGAACUGACACAGUUUUCAAAAUGUGUUUUCAUGGAUGCAGACACAAUGGUUUUGUCAAAUAUAGAUGAGCUUUUUGAGAGAGAAGAACUGUCUGCAGCACCAGAUCCAGGCUGGCCCGACUGUUUUAAUUCAGGAGUUUUUGUUUACCGACCUUCCAUUGAAACAUACAGUCAGUUGUUACAGUUUGCCACAGAGAAAGGCAGCUUUGAUGGUGCAGAUCAGGGGUUAUUAAACACCUUCUUCAGCAGCUGGGCAACAACAGACAUGAGCAAACAUCUACCGUUUAUAUAUAAUUUGAGCAGCACUUCUGUAUAUUCCUACCUUCCAGCAUUUAAAGCGUUUGGUGCAAAUACUAAGGUAGUGCAUUUCCUGGGAAGUACAAAGCCAUGGAACUAUACAUAUGACUCCAGAACAAAAAGCAUAAAGGGCAACAUGGACGACCCUAAAAUAGUUCACCCAGAAUUCCUCAACAUGUGGUGGGAUACCUACAUAGCCAAUGUUUUACCAUUACUAGAACAGCACGGAAUUGUUAAAGAUAUUACUACAGGAGUAAAUAUGCUAUCGGGCUUGGUCUAUACUCUGGCUUUCUCUUGUGGCUUCUGUAGAGAGGCAGAAGUUACAGAGGCAGUGUCCCACGUGUCAGUAUCACCAUUAUUAUCCACUGAAUCUUCAGAAGAGCGCAAGGAACGGUGGGAACAGGGCCAAGCUGACUAUAUGGGAGUGGAUUCCUUUGACAACAUCAAGAAGAAACUUGAUACCUACCUUCAGUAGAAGUGUCUGUCUCAAGCCGUGGUGAUGCAAGGACUUAUUCCAGAACUAACAGCUAGAAAGGUAUAGAUGGUGGUCAGUUACACUUGCUAGUAGCUUGAGGAAAAACUUCUUGGCUGAAGGCCUCUGCAGUGCUACAGAUGAAGACUGAGCAAAAGCUAGGAAGCAGAAUCCUUGGGCCACCUAUUACUGCCCAAUUUCCAAUUCUCCCUACUAGAUAAAACCAGGUAUUUUCAGCUUAAAAUUUCUUCUGUUUUGAUCAAUUGGCUCAACAUAUUCUUUAAACUGGGUUUGUUACCUCACCUCAUUAAGGUGAUUAGCAUUGAUUCCUUUGCUUGCUGUUUUAGAUGUAAAAUCUAAUUCAUGGGAUUGCUCAUACACUGGAGUGGUAGCCAUUCUGCUUUACCAUAGAUGUAUUAAUGACACUGGAAUACAUACAGUUGUAACAGUAAUAGCACUGCUUUGCUCUUCCAGUCACAAUUGCACUGAAAUUUUGACCAGGUUCUUACGCACAGUGCCUGCAGCAUGGCAGAAUGCGUUUUUCAGUUCUGUAUACUAUGGGACUAGUAAACUGAGUUUUAUCUGUUCCUUGCAAUGUUGCACUUGAUACAAAAAUAAAAAGUCGUCAUGCAUUUGUCUUCCCUAAACUCUUGAGCAAUUAAAAAAAAGGAUCUCCAAUGCAGUCUAACUAAAAUAUUUAACAGGUAUAAAUACCUUGAGCUUUGCUGAUGCUACUCAAGCUCUCAUUAGCAAAUGUCCCGCUUUUAGUUUGUAAUUAUUUAGAAGUAUUUAGUCAUUUGCCAGGGAGCUGUUUAGGGCCAAUCCCCGUAUUAGCUUGCCAUAAAUAUAGGACAGGGCACUGGAGGAAGUACCUGCUGAAGCUGUUUACAUUAGUAACUUGAAGUCUGGGAAGAAGGCGUCUUUUUUUCAAGUGGCUAAAGAAACAUCAUCCCUAAUGUAAGCCCUGUACGCUGAACUUAGUCUCAAACACAGCCGUGAUACUACUUUGGCAAGGAAAGACUACGUAGUUGCUUAAGUAACUGUAUCUACCCUGGUAAGGAAAUCUACUCUUUUCAUGUGUAAAGACAGUAAAAGAAAGUGCUUUUUUUGCUACACUCAGGCUACAUGUACUCCAAGACACAUAGAAAAGCAGGAAAAAUAAAGCAUACUGAUGACAGAGAUUA